UUUAUCCCAGUAAUAACAAGAAAGAAAUAACACCUUCUGACAUUACCAAAGUUUUAAAAUCAAUAGAACUUGAGGAUAAAAUUAAAGAUAAUAAUAUGUAUUUAGAAGAUCAAUUUGAAGAAUCUAAUA